CGAUUAAACUCCCAGUAAACAUCGCCGAAUGCUCUUUAUUCUGGAGUGUAUUUUCGCUGUGUGUCUUUAAGCGGGAGUUCUGUUUGUCCGACAGGAGGCGUGUCUCCUCCACAGAGCUCCAUCUGAACAUAUGAACUAUACCGCUCCAUCUGUACUCACUUCAUCAGCCCGAGCUGCUCUCCACAUCCGAGGCACGCGCCGCACAUGGAUUUCUCCCGGAUUUUCCAGCUCUAACAUGGACGCCCGGUUGGAGGGUUUUUCCUUUGCGCAGUGAGACGGACAUGCGAAGAAGCGUCGCCCAUGGAGUGUCCUCUUCUGUCUCAGUGACCAUGCCGUGAUCACACACACGCGCCGCUGAAUCAAACACCUCCAAAAGCACGAAACAAGUGGGGAAUCUUUACGCUCCGUCCUGGGGAAUGACAUGCAGCGCAUCGCAGGCAUCACGAAGAUGGUAACUCAUCGGAGAUGGCUUGGGCUGUUGCUGCUCUUACUGUGUGUGGGAUAUUCUCACGGGAUGCCACAUGUUUUACGAUUCGGGGGGAUAUUUGAAUCCAUCGAAAGUGGCCCAUCAGGUGCUGAAGAACUUGCCUUUAAGUUUGCUUUAAAUACAAUCAACAGGAACAGAACUUUACUGCCAAACACCACACUCACAUACGACAUCCAGCGGAUAAACAUCCACGACAGCUUCGAGGCCUCCAGAAAAGCUUGUGACCAGCUCUCUCUGGGAGUGGCUGCCAUCUUCGGGCCCUCGCACAGCUCCUCUGCCAACGCGGUGCAGUCCAUCUGUAACGCUCUCGGGGUGCCACACAUACAGACCAAGUGGAAGCACCAAGUGUCAGACAACCGAGACUCCUUCUACGUCAACCUGUACCCCGACUUCUCCUCCCUCAGCAGGGCCAUUUUAGACCUGGUGCACUUCUUCAAGUGGAAAACGGUCACCGUGGUUUAUGACGACAGCACAGGUCUGAUUCGAUUACAGGAGCUCAUCAAGGCUCCGUCUCGUUACAACAUCCGAUUAAAAAUCCGGCAGCUACCAGCAGACACAAAAGAUGCCAAGCCGCUUCUUAAAGAAAUGAAACGAGGGAAAGAGUUUCAUGUGAUCUUUGACUGCGGGCAUGAGAUGGCGGCGGGCAUCCUGAAACAGGCUCUCGCCAUGGGAAUGAUGACAGAGUAUUACCACUACAUUUUUACUACCCUGGAUCUCUUCGCAUUGGACGUGGAGCCGUAUCGCUACAGCGGAGUCAACAUGACUGGAUUUCGUAUCCUAAACACAGAGAACAGUCAAGUGUCCUCCAUCAUUGAAAAGUGGUCCAUGGAGCGUCUACAGGCACCUCCUAAACCCGAUUCUGGCCUCCUCGAUGGCUUCAUGACAACAGAUGCUGCCCUGAUGUAUGACGCGGUGCAUGUGGUGGCUGUUGCAGUCCAGCAGUCUCCUCAAAUCACCGUCAGUUCACUCCAAUGUAACCGGCACAAGCCCUGGCGAUUCGGCAACCGAUUCAUGACGCUCAUUAAAGAGGCCCACUGGGACGGCUUGACCGGACGGAUAAAUUUCAACAGGACCAACGGCCUGAGGACAGAUUUCGAUCUGGAUGUGAUCAGCCUGAAGGAAGAGGGGCUAGAGAAGAUUGGUACGUGGGAUCCUGCAAGUGGUUUGAACAUGACUGAAAACCAAAAGGGAAAGACGGCCAAUGUGACCGACUCCUUGUCCAACAGAUCAUUGGUGGUGUCCACAAUACUGGAAGAGCCGUACGUGAUGUUCAAGAAGUCGGAUAAGCCGCUGUAUGGUAACGAUCGUUUCGAGGGUUACUGUGUCGACCUGCUGCGUGAGCUCGCCGCCAUCCUGGGCUUCGGUUAUGAGCUGCGUCUGGUGGAGGACGGACGGUACGGGGCGCAGGACGAGAGCUCGGGACAGUGGAACGGCAUGGUGCGAGAGCUCAUGGACCACAAAGCUGAUCUUGCAGUGGCGCCGCUGGCCAUCACAUACGUGCGGGAGAAGGUCAUCGACUUUUCCAAACCCUUCAUGACGCUGGGGAUAAGUAUACUGUACCGAAAACCCAACGGCACCAACCCGGGGGUCUUCUCCUUUCUCAACCCCCUGUCCCCCGACAUCUGGAUGUAUAUUCUGCUCGCUUACUUGGGUGUCAGUUGUGUGCUGUUUGUCAUAGCCAGGUUUAGCCCCUACGAAUGGUAUAACCCUCACCCGUGCAACCCCGACUCGGACGUGGUGGAAAACAAUUUCACCCUGCUAAAUAGUUUCUGGUUCGGAGUUGGAGCUCUCAUGCAGCAAGGAUCUGAGCUCAUGCCCAAAGCCCUUUCCACCAGGAUAGUAGGAGGAAUCUGGUGGUUUUUCACCCUAAUCAUCAUCUCCUCCUACACGGCCAACUUAGCUGCCUUCCUAACGGUGGAGAGAAUGGAGUCUCCAAUCGACUCGGCUGAUGACCUGGCCAAGCAGACGAAGAUUGAGUACGGAGUGGUGGAGGACGGAUCCACAAUGACCUUCUUUAAGAAAACGAAGAUCUCCACGUAUGAUAAAAUGUGGGAGUUCAUGAGCAGCAGACGGCAUUCGGUCAUGGUGAAGAGCAUCGAGGAAGGAAUUGAGCGCGUGCUGACAUCCGAUUACGCCUUCCUCAUGGAGUCCACCACCAUCGAAUUCGUCACGCAACGCAACUGCAACCUCACACAGAUUGGAGGACUCAUAGACUCCAAGGCCUAUGGAGUUGGCACCCCUAUGGGCUCUCCGUACCGGGAUAAGAUCACCAUCGCCAUCCUGCAGCUCCAGGAAGAAGGGAAGCUGCACAUGAUGAAGGAGAAGUGGUGGCGAGGAAACGGCUGUCCUGAAGAGGAGAAUAAAGAGGCCAGUGCUCUCGGCGUCCAGAACAUCGGCGGCAUUUUCAUCGUUCUGGCAGCCGGACUCGUCCUGUCUGUGUUUGUGGCGGUCGGAGAGUUUCUCUAUAAGUCCAAACAAAACGCACAGCUGGAAAAGAGAUCCUUCUGCAGCGCCAUGGUAGACGAGCUCCGGGUCUCCCUAAAAUGCCAACGGAGGCUCAAACACAAGCCUCAACCACCCGUCAUGGUCAAAACAGACGAAGUUAUCAACAUGCACACUUUCAAUGACCGAAGACUGCCGGGCAAAGAAACCAUGGCUUAAAAAACAGACACCAGCUCGCUCUUUCUUGAGCUCGGAGAGUUUGGGAAUUUGGGUCGGUUUUCUAUACGGGGGGGGUCUUAAAUGUCAUUUCAAACAAUUGGGAAUAAUAAAAAACAAACAACAACAGCAGAAACGGAAACAUAUUUCCUGUGGAAAUAACUUGAAUCUGGGCAAAAGAGAAUGUUAGUUACCUCUUUGCUACAGAUCACCACCAGAGCAAAAGACUGAGCAUUGCCAGCGUACUUUUAGCAGGAAAUGCAGUACACUGAGGUUUGUCUGCUUAUUGUGUAUUAUUUUUGGGGUUUGAUGACACACUUGGCUGUCCAUAGAGGGAACGAGGAGUCGUGUCCUGACAAGCUAAAGAAGGACAGGUUUUUAACACACACUGUACACCGGAGCAACGUUUCGAAAAGUGCUCAGAAACAAUCAUUUGCUGAGCGCCACAGCAAUAUCACUGAAGUCACGCGAUAUGAUUUUAUGUUCGCACCCACACUAACAAGCAAUGGAUGCAGGACAGCAACAGGCAAUACACCACUUUCAUUUCCUCGCAUUUUCAGGCCCCCGCUGAACGUCACGUGUAAAGAAAAAUCACUGAGAAAAGAAAAAUAACUCACCACCAAUCACGAAAAGGCUUUUUCAUUUACUCAGUUAAUUUGAUAGUUUUGAUUAUUAUUUUGAAACGUGUAAAAUUAAUUUAAUCCAAACUCAAGCUAGCAAAUCAAUCAAUAAAUGUACUCUUUUUUUAUUUUAUUUAUGCAAAAAUUAUCUAAAGACAUUUUUAAAAAGGUACUUCUUUUGGAAAAGCAGAAUCUUAUAUUUUACCUGUUUUAUUAUAGUUAUUAUCUAUUAAAUAUCAUUAAAUUCCAAUUAAAUUAUUUUCUUUUUUUUCUGAGUCAUCGUCAUCCCUCCCAAUAUAACCCACCAAGAAUCUAAUUUUAAAGGCUUUUUUUUUCACAUUUAUUUUGAUGUUUUUUUUUUUCUCUCCAGGACUGAUGCAUCUUUUUUUUUAUUUUAACUUAUUGUAAAUUAAUGUAAAUCAAACUCAAGCUCACAAAUCAAUAUAUAUUUUAUUAUUAUUAUUAUUCUUUUUAUAAUUUUUUUUUUUUUUUUGGAGAAGCAGAAUUGCAUAAGAUUAAAUCUUAUAUGCAUUUUCAGGCCCUGCUGAACAUCACGUCUAAAAAAAAACAUUGAAAAAAAUUUAAAUAACCCACCAAGAAUCUGUUUUUGAAGGUUUUUUUCUUUUAUUUAAUUAUUUUGAUUGUUUUUUUCUCUCUCCAGGACUUAUGCAUCUUUUUUUUAAAUUUUACUUAUUGUAAAAUGAAUGUAAAUCAAACUCAA